AAUUUGCUAUUGACAAGUUUAUUUAUUUUGAAUAAAAAGAUUUUAAGACAGAAUGUAUAUGAAUUUUGUCUUCUGAUUAUAACUCAUUUAAAAUAAUUCAAAUAUUUCUCUCAAUUUGACUCUCAUUCUUUGAGAAGCAUAUAAAUUCUGAUGUUGAGCAUUUAAUAAUUUUAGUUGUUUCAUAGAAGGCUUUUAAGAACAUUCAGAAAAUGUUUAAAAAUACAUAUUGGAUUGUAAUUUCUCUCGUUCCACUCGUGAUAUUUUCCAUCGUGUUGCUAUUGUCUCAUGAAGAAAGUGUUAUCGAAAAUGCAUGUAAAAGAAUCACGGAACCUUGUGUCAGAAUUUGUUGUAAUGAUUACAAAACUUGCAAGGAUGAUUAUUUGAGAGAAAACUUCAAUAAAAGUUAUUCAGAAAAAAUGGAAAAUGAUUACGAUUUUGAUGAAACUCCUAAGGAAUUACAUGUUUUACAUGGACGUCCAUUGUGCGCAACUGAAAUUUCUAAAGACGAUUGGGAUUUUGCACAUUAUGAUGGUGGAAUAGAGAUUGGACAUCGAUUUUAUGACAAUGAUAAAUAUUGCUUUGAAGAUGUGAAAGUCGCUGGGGAAGUUCAAUGGAAUUUAUACAUUUGUGCAUCAAAAAUUAAGCUUCAUAAAGUUGUUCACAUCAUUCUUUCAAGUGCCUCGGCCUUGACUUCCAUGGCAGUUGUUAUCAUUUAUUUUGCCAUAAAAAACUUCCGAACACUUCAUGGAAAAAUUGUUAUGAUGUUCUGUUUUGCAAUGGCUCUCAGUUACUUUUUUUAUGCAUUUAAUACUAAGGAUACCUUCUAUUACUAUCACAUGCCCAGUUUUUUGUAUGCUUUGUUCCUUAAUUUUGCAUUUCAAUGGAUCAGCAUUAUGGCAUUUGACAUUUUCUUUACACUUUGGAACUUAAAUGCAUCAUCUGAAGGAAGGGAAAGGUUUUUAUACUACUGUGGAUAUGCAAUAACGUUAUCAUUAUUCGUUGCUUUUUGUUUCCUUUAUGAAAGUUUUCAUUGGCACACAAUUCUCGCAUAUAUUUUUUUGCUUUCAUUAGUUUUGGAUAUAAUAUUUUUCAUCCUUGCUGGAAUCAAAAUAUUUCAAAUGUCAAAAACUUCACGGCCGUUGGAACAUACAAAAUUGGAAGAAGAAAAAUCAAGGUACUGGAUGUAUUUAUCAGCCUUUGCAAUUAUAUUUUUGUUGCUUUUCAACAUUGUUAUUGUGCCAUUCGAUAUCUUUCGCAGUGAUGUAUCAGAAUUACUGGAUGACAUGAUUCAAUGUUAUUGUGCGAUUUUGCUUUUCCCCAUUUUCGUUCUACAAAGAAAUGUUUGGGAAAAAUUUUCUUGGAGGUCUUUCACAUGAUGGAACAAGUUCAACAUUUUCUCUAGAUAUAAAGGAAAACAAUUAUUGUAAAUAUUAUGCCACUUUAAAGCUCAAAACUUGGUAGAGAAGUACUUUGGACUAUCUACUUUGCUUCUCUAAAAAGUUGUGAGUUUUAUAAUGUCAAAAUAGCGAAGAAAACCGCAUUCUAGAUUAAGCGUAUUCACAAUUGGUACUGUAUUCACAAUUAUCAUUUU